GUUUAGAUUUGAGUCAAGGAGGACCCAAAUGUAUUCCCUCACACAAACUCCCUCCUAUAAAUUAGGGACUGGAAUUAUUUUUUGCAAGAUAAACAGAUACUCCAGACACACACACCACAGCCAUCAGAAGAGAGAGGGAGGUGGUUAGAAAAGAAUCUAACCCUAUUUAUUCUUCUUCACUGGAUGAAAGCAUGUAGCAACAAUAAGUGAAUGAAUUGUUUUGUUGGGUCACCCCUGUUUUCUCCCUUUUUUUAUAAAAAAAUCUGGUUCUGCUGCUGACAUGGACGUGAAUGUUUUUCCAACGCUUGUGUGUGGGUGGACUUGGGAGGAGAACAAGUUGUUCGAGCUGGCUUUGGCGGUGGUUGACGAAGAAGAUCCGCAGCGCUGGGACGUAGUUGCAUCCUUGGUCGGAGGGAGAAAGAGUGCAGAGGAUGUCCAGAAACAUUAUGUCAUUCUUUUGGAGGAUUUGCAGGUCAUAGAAUCUGGUAAAUUGGAUCACAAACUCGGACAGCAGCCGCAGCAGAAUUAUGUUCAAGUGGAUCAUUGUACUCAAUCCGUAUGCUGGACUGACGAAACUAACAAUUUGCUGGUUCGGUUGGACUUGAAUUAAAUCUUUCCGGCAAAUUGCUAUCUGUUGAAGCUUUCUCGUUCAAGCGUGAACCCAAAAUAGGAUGAGGUGAAGCUGCUGAUCAUGCAAAGUGUAUCAGUUUGAAAGCUCUGUCAGCAGCUUGUAAAAUAUCCACCCUUCCCUUCUUGUAAAAACACAAGUUCAGUGAAAUGCAAGUCAGAUAGAUCGACACUCCAAACCCUGCAUAGGCUACUCUUUUUCUGAUUCAUCUCAUAUAAUUUAUAAUCACUCACUUAGUUUCCAGCUACUGAUAAAUACAUUUAAAAAUGAUCUGCAUCUUUACCUAGUGAUCAAUCCAUCGACUUCGUCUUUGAUGAGAUUUCUGCUAUGGAAAGAUGUCUGGGAACACAGCUCAUUGUAGGAAAUUGUAUAUGACAUUUAUUUAUUUAUUUGUUUGCUUU